GCUGAGCCAACAGGAGCAGUGCAACAAGGACGCCCUUUGUUUUCUUCACUAACCGGACACCGCUAUACGAGGAAGACCUGCUGAACCGCACCCUGAUUGGUCGAUGUCAAGUUGUCAGGCGUCACACUGUAGAGAGAGGGCGAGUGGACCCAAAUGCAGGACUCGCAGGCAGAUUGAAGGUGUGGAUGGUAUUUAUUAGUGAGGCUGGACGGACAUAAGCUAUCUGAAACUGAAAGACUGGCUGACUGAAGUAGACCUGGAAACACACCCGCGGAUUAGACGAUGACAAGACGAGGAACAGAGAGAAACUGAGGGGUUAAAUACACCGGCUAAUGAUGGCAAGAAACAGGAUGUUGCGAUCGCUGGUUUGUGGUCGGCUGGGUCCAGUUUGGAUGUGGAAAGCGCUGCUAUUCAUUGUGGCCAUUGCUUUUGCCACCCAGCUGCUGGGAAUCAUCUUCAACAAGAGCAGUGCCCAACCAGCUGCUCACUCCAUCUUUUCGUCCCCUGAUGCCCAGGGGCCGUCUCUGGGCUCCUGUCAGCCCCACACUCACAUCAUGUUCCUCAAGACACACAAGACAGCAAGCAGCACAGUGCUCAACAUGCUGUACCGCUUUGGAGAGGAACGCAACCUUCGCUUUGCCCUUCCACUGGGCUACCAGCUGGGGUACCCACUACCUUUCAAUGCUCACAGAGUCAAAGGUUAUCGAGGUCCCCGAGCCACGGAGUUUCACAUCAUGGGCAAUCACAUGAGGUUUAAUAGGCCAGAGGUGGAGAAAGUGAUGCCUGCAGACACAUUCUACUUUUCUAUCAUCAGGGAUCCUGUCGCGCUGGCUGAGUCCUCUUUUGCUUAUUACAAAGAAGUAGCUCCUGCCUUUCGGAAGGCAAAAGGCCUGGGCGACUUUGUCGACGACCCAAAUAAAUACUAUGACCCUCGUCUUCGCAACAACCACUAUGCCCGCAACCUGCUGUGGUUUGAUUUUGGCAUGGACAAUAAUGCUAAUUUCUCAGUGGAAUUAGCUCAGCAUGGUGAGGCCAUGAUCCGCCAGACAUUCAGACUGAUUCUUGUGUCCGAGUACUUUGACCAGUCUAUGAUCCUGCUGAGACAUGCCCUCUGCUGGCCACUGGAUGCUGUAGUCUCAUUUAGCCUUAAUGCUCGGCAGCAAAAGCCCAGCAGCAACAGCGUAAUGAGCGGAAGCUGGGUCGGCAAAGCUGCUGUAGCGGCUGGCGUCGGUGCUAGAGCUGGACGCUCACAAGGCAAGAUGUUGCCCAAUCUAUCACUAACGGAUCAUCAGCGGGAGAAGCUACGCCAGUGGAACGCCUUAGAUUGGUACCUAUACAAAGCCUUCAACCGCACGUUCUGGGAGGAUAUCGACAAGUUUGGUCGUGCCCAGAUGGAGCAAGAAGUAGCUCUUCUCAGGGUGCGGCGGGAAAUCCUGGGCCAGGUUUGUCUGAAGGAUGGUGGAAAGCCCGUAGAAGCGUACCGGAUACGAGACAAAAAUAUCCGACCCUUUCAGAGCGGAGUAGUAAAGAUUCUUGGAUACGAGCUUCAGCCGGGUCUCGACAAUGCUACCAGGACGGCCUGUCUGAGGAUGAUUAGGCCCGAGAUCCAAUACAAAGAUUUGCUGGAUAGUAAACAGUUCCCACGGGCUGUCCAACCCCAGCUGGGACAGCAGGGACAGGGACUGCUAGCAGCUGGUGGUGCUUUUGUAAGACAUGAUUCAUCUAGGACAGGAGAGAAAAUGAUGAUGGGAGAAGCUGAGAUGGAAAGAGAAAGAGACUGGGAUGGAAGCCGUAUAAUGAAGAGUAACCAGACUUUAAAAGGAGUGCGAGAAAAAGAAAGAUUGAGAUAGUUUAAGGUGAGUUACAUGUUACCUUUGAUUUGUGAGGGGAAACAGACCAGAGACGCCUGAGCCAAAUUUAGUUUACAUGUGAGAAGGAAACAAGCUUCUCUGCAGCACUUCCAGUUUUCUUUCUUUUCCUGAACACACUCUCUGGUUUGGUAUGUUUUCGUCUUUGGCAAUUACUCUGAGUAAGUCUAUUUUAUUAGUGGAACUGCAUUUUCUUAUUGUGUUAAUGCUUAAAUUAAAUAAAAGGUACAAGCUGUCCCAAGGUUACAGAGGAGGGGUACACCGCUCAGGUCUUGUGGCUGAUCCGACAGAGGCGGGAGUUUGUGAAAAUAAAAACAUCAAGACAGUCUCGCUGGACAGAGCACUGCAGAAAAGCAAGACAUUGUUUUCAGGCAAGAUUUUAGGUUUGUUGUUGCAUUAACAGCUGUUAUUGACUUCAUCAGACAAACGAUCGCUUCCUUGCUCAACUCAUUUUUUGUAUUUUAACAUACAGACUGGUUUUUUUACAUAAGCUUGCCUUUAAACACGGCUCAGACACAGUAAAUCUCAUCUAUAGGAGAAGUCCGCAGAUAGCAGAGGUGGUGGCAAAGGUACAUCUUCCAGGUGAAUUUUAAAAAAUUCACUUUUAGGCAGGAUUUUAAAUGUUUUGAUUUACAUCCGGUUUGUGUAAUGAUUUUGUUUUUCCCCAGUGAAAUUAAGGUAGUGCUUCAAAAUAAGUGCCUGUGGGCGUGUCUCCUGAAACACCACAGGCUUGUUUGUGCUGUUGAGUGGUGAGUCUGGACUCUAAAAGCUAUUUCUGGAUUAUGAGUUUCAGUUUUCUGCCACAGUUUGUUUACAUUUAGGAAAAUACAUCUUUUAGCUUUAGACUAAGAUUGCUAUAUUGUUUCAGAUCCACACUUUCAGCAACAUUAACCACGUCUUAGGAACCUGUCGGGCAGAAGGCUUAUAGCUUCCAGUGACUCGCAGCAGUCCCAGUUUCAUUUUGUCAUUGACCUCCAUACUGAGGUCCAAAGUUACAUCGGGCAAGUGCAGGGCCAGCAUGCUUACCUUUCCCUCCUUUCUGAGGACGUACCUGUGGAAGGAAAGUAGAGUCACAGACCAUAUUAGGAGUUUGUUAGCAGGUAAAGUGCUAAAGCUAGACGACUGUUUCAGUUGUGUCACUAACUGCUGUCCGUACAAUCUAACACAGACUGAAAACAACGUUUCUUUGAUUGCAUAAGAAGUGUCACAGAGUGGGGUCACUGACAGUGUUGACCCUGCCUCAGUGAGGGUCAUCCCAGCAUGCGAGGUAGCACAGGUGACAGCGUCAGACGUGACUGCAUGCAUAUACAUGAAAUAUGCAUGCGCCACUUUGUUUUUAAAUGAACCUCCUUACAACAGGUUGUUUCCUAGAUCGUACAUGUUCGUUCAUUGUUGAAAGUAUUGAAUUUAUUGCCAAGUGUCAAACAUUCGAUCGUCUUGUUCUCCGUCCAGAGUCGCCCACCCUACACAGUGUACAUCUGGUCACCUCAGCAGUGGCCUUCAAGGGAGAUUCAGGCAUACUGUGUUUGAGUGGCUACCUCCUCUGAUGAAUGGAUAUUAUUCAUCUUUUACAGUCAGUCUGUUUAAAGAGAGUCAAAGGGACGACUAAUUCUGAACAACGUCUUAAAAUCAAAGGGACAUAAGGUGUUUAUUUCCCUUCACUCAGGAAACCAGUGAUUUCUUUUAGUUUACUCUAAAACUCUGACUUUCUCUUCAUUCAUAAAUAAGCCAUCAUUAACAGUGAAACUCUUGACUGCUUCAGGAGUGUCAUAGUCCUGUCUGGGGUCUCAACAACAUUAUUUCAGUCGCGCUAAUUAAAAUGUGCUCGAUGUUACAUCCAGAGAGGUCUCUGGAGUUCAAGCCUGCGCAGACGU